AUGAACCCUGGUGAUAAGUAUAAGCCAUACACACCCGUCAACCUGACGGACCGUCAAUGGCCCAGCAACAUCCAACGCACAGCUCCUAUUUGGACGUCCGUGGACCUGCGCGAUGGCAACCAAGCCCUAGCAAACCCCAUGACCGAGGAGCAGAAACUGAUCUUUUUCAAGACACUCGUGUCGUGCGGCUUCAAGGAGAUUGAAGUGGCAUUCCCCUCCGCAAGUGAUACUGACUUUGGGUUCGUGCGCCGCGUCAUCGAAGAAGGCCAUAUCCCAGAUGACGUGAGCAUCCAGGUACUGACGCCAGCUCGCGAAGAGUUGAUCCGCCGAACCUUCGAGGCAGUUAAGGGCGCAAAGAAUGUGAUCAUUCACAUGUACAACGCGACGUCACCCUUAUUCCGGCAAGUUGUAUUUGGUAAUGACAAGGCACGCACGUUGGAACUUGCAGUGCGCCACACCAAGCUAGUGCGCGAGCUGAUGGAUCACUACAGUCAGCCGGCCCAUGGUGGCACGAACUUCCGCUAUGAGUACUCGCCCGAGACAUUCUCUCAAACCGAGCCGGACUUUGCGAUCGAGAUAUGCGAGGCUGUGCGAGAGGCAUGGGGUCUUGCGUCGCCAAGCAACAAGAUCAUCUUCAACUUGCCAGCGACAGUGGAAAUUGGUCCGCCUAACCACUAUGCAGACCUGAUUGAGUAUUUCUGCCGCAAUGUUCGCGACCGUGACUCGAUUAUUGUGUCACUUCACCCCCACAACGAUCGCGGUUGCGGUAUUGCAGCGGCCGAGCUCGGCAUGCUGGCUGGUGCAGACCGCGUGGAAGGCUGCCUGUUCGGUAAUGGCGAGCGUACAGGCAACGUCGACAUUGUGACACUUGCCCUGAACCUGUACACACAGGGUGUGCAGCCGGGUCCUCUUGUGCUGACGGAUCUGCCGUCGGUCAUUGAGGUCGUUACUAGCUGCAAUAACCUGCCUGUCCACCCGCGUCAUCCGUAUGCAGGUGAGCUUGUGAUGACUGCAUUUAGUGGCUCGCACCAAGAUGCCAUCAAGAAGGGAUUCGCGGCUCAGGAGAAGCGUUGGAACGCUGGCGACAAGGUUUGGAGCAUGCCUUAUCUGCCGGUGGACCCCGCGGACCUGGGUCUCACUUACGAGGCAGUUAUUCGUGUAAACAGUCAGAGCGGCAAGGGUGGCAUUGCUUAUCUGCUGACACAAGCGCUGGGUGUAGAGCUUCCUCGUCGGAUGCAGGUCGCGUUCUACCGGGUGGUCCAAUCAGUGGCAGAGCGGACAAGCAAAGAAAUUUCCACGAACGAUAUCGUCCAGGCAUUCAGCAAACAAUAUCACGUGCCGAUUGCUGGUGUGUCGAAGGUUGAGGGGCGCUUCUCACUGCGCUCUUUCAGGCUCUCGGACGAAGGCGACGAUGAGGUUGUAUCGGAGUCGAUGAAAACGAACGGCGAGAGCACACCGCGUCACCGUAGGUUUACCGGCAAGAUCGCGCACAACGGCGAGAUUGUGGAUGUAUGUGGUACAGGCAACGGUCUAUUUCGGCCCUGA